AUGUCGAAGCCCCCUGCGAAGAGGCGCCUGGAAUUGGUCUUCACAGAUCCGCUAACAAAACCCAAGCCGAAGAGGCAGCAGGUGUCAAAGGCUUGCGAAUGGUGUCGCACGUUUCGUAUCAAAUGCGACAGUCGCUUUCCGUGCACUAAUUGCCAGGCUAAGGGGCGGGCAUGUAAUGUCAGAAAUACGAAUUCGACGCGCACGUUUUCCGAGGCUCUGAAGCGAAUUGAGACACUUCAAGAUCGGAUUAAGGAUCUUGAAAAACAGGUCGAGACUGCCAGGUCGCAGGCUCAUGAUGUUGUUUCAAACCAGAGAGAAACGGCCAAACCUGAGCAGUCGCCAGCAUCUGUAAAUCCAAAUCCACCAUUGAACCCAGAUCCAGAUCCGCCGCAGGAGGAGUGUGGUGCAAGUGGAACCAGAAGCAGAAGAAAAAGUCUGAAACACCUAGAGUCCAUUCAAAUACGGACUGCCCAGUCUCAACAGCGGCAUUAUUAUGGCCGAUCCUCGUCAUUCUAUUUCAUUGGAAGACUGAGCUCCUACCUCGGUAUAGCUCCACAUCAACUGACCCCCGACGGACUCAUGCGACUUGACUCUGAAACUCGAGCGCUUUCCAAUGGGAAAGCCGACACAGAACCAUCCCAUGCACAGUCUAACGUGUUGACCACCGAGCAAUAUCUCACCCGAGGCCAGGAGGAGUAUUUUCUCGGCUUAUUCUGGCAUUCUUAUAACCUUUAUUACCCGAUUAUAGACCGGGAGCAGUUCAAGAGCUACUACCAGUCGCUGUGGACAUCCCAAACCAUCAGGAAACCAUCCGCACUCGUCGAUAUAGUCCUCGCCAUAUCCAUGCAGUAUGCAGAUGCGCUUAUGCCGCGGGACUAUCUAUCAUUUCGCACAAAUAUCGAAGGCAUUGUCAACGUCAAUAUAGAUGCCGUUGGCACCGGCCGGAAAUUCUUCAGGAGAUGCCAGCUCCUCUUGACCGACGAGCUUGAAGGCCCGUCCAAUACCACCCUGCAAUGCCAUUUCUUCUCUGUGAUUUACCUCUCAAAUUCCUCCUACCACAAUGUCGCACAUAGCCAUCUGGCAUCGGCGAUUAGAACAGGAGUAAUUCUAGGUUUGCAUUGGAGGCCGUCGGAAACUCUGCCACUGGGCCAGGCAGAAUUCAACGGGCGGCUUUGGUGGACUGUGUACGCGCUGGAAAUGAAAGUUGCAAUGGAGCUCGGACGACCGCUGGCGGUUGAUCUGUCCGAAGUGACUUGCCACCCACCGGAAAACCAUGAGGAUGAUCCACAUACGUUCGAGGGAACGAACAGGUACACGGCGAAUAAGCACUAUGUUCAGUUAAUGCUUGCUAGUCGAUCGGUGCAUGCCGCGUUUCAGAAGAAGUAUUCCGAGGUUCUCGAGGAAUGCAGUCGGGAUAAGAACUACAUCGGCAACAAUGAUCAGCAUCAUCAUCAGCAUCAACAUCAUAAUAAUAAUAUUAAUAACCUUUAUAGCAACCCUGGCGCUCUAGAGAAAGUAGCGGAGGCGUUUGCAUCAAUGGUCCAGUCUUUGCAUGCUUGGCGGCAAGACGUCCCUGAGCCACUGAAGACGAAAAGGAUGAACGGCGGCGAGCCUCUAUCGACCGAUCGAUCGGUGCUCAACCUCAAGCAGCACGUCCCACUAGGCAUGAGCCGUUGUCGACUAUUCCUGGAGCUUCUCUAUCACAAUCUCUGCAUGAAUCUAUACCGACCUUUUAUCUGUUUCUAUCAGCAUCCCGACGGGAACAGGAACACGCCAUUCGUGGACGCAAAUGCAGCAUCCAGCUUGAACCACGCCGUCACCAUAACUAGUAUUAUACACCAAGCAUUGAAGCAGACAAAUUUCCUAGCGGGCUUUCACGAGGCUUUCCAAUGGCAAUGGAAUGCCACUAUUACGCUCGUUGGGUUUCUGGCGGCAUUCCCAGCCAGCAAGGCGAACUUGAUACCCUCGACUCGCAAGGCGCUGAAAUUGGCCAUACAGGUUUUUGAUCUUAUUGGGAAGUAUCUCGGUAUAGCCUGCAGUGCGGCGAGGGUCACGCGCGAUCUUUUUGCGAGGGCAGACCGGUUGGCUUCUUUGCGCAGCAACAUUACUGCCAAUGCCAAUAUGACAAGUGAGAAUGGGGUCUAUUUACAGACUACGGCGAAUGGCUUCGCACCGGCGUUUAGUUAUACCAGUAUAUACACGACAGACCAGAAUGUUUUGAGUACAUGGAAUGCUGACGAGCAAGCCGAGUUUGCGUCUUCGUGGGCGACCUAUCCGGGUGGAGAUGAGGAUAGUUAUAUCCUCAGUCUUUCUCCCCGCAUAUUCUCCAAGCCACCAACCUCGGAACACGAGAAGCUGUUCCCGACGUGUAACGGUGACUGGGUUGUUCCACUGGGAACGGAUACAUCGGUUAGGACGUGUGUUAUUGAGUUUGCGGUAAUGGUUGUCUCCGUGGGCAUCCUCUCUAUCGGGGAUAUGGGCAUGGGCAUUGCGCGGUUGCUUAGAGCUCAUGCAUAUCAAGUGUUGACCGUGGGUGCUGGGAGAAGUCAAGACACGCUUGAUCGCAUCCAGGCAGCGUCUAUCACGGCUCUGCCCACAGACCAGGACUUGGUCAUUCAAUCCGACUACAUCCUGUCAGUCGUGCCACCGCGGGAUUCUUUAGCCACCGCACGCCGCAUCCUAGACGCAGUUCAGCUUCCCGACACUCCUUCCAAGCGGGCGGAGCGGAGGGACGCGCCCCCAAAGCUGUAUUUCUUCGAUCUAAAUGCUGCUGCUCCGCGGCUCAUGCGAGAUAUCGAGUCCUUAGCCCGCAAUAUCUCGCUGCCUUCUUCUUCUUCUUCUUCUUCCUCUUUUCCUGUCGUCCACUUUCUCGACGGCGGCAUCAUCGGCGGCCCGCCAUCGUAUAAUGCCGCAGACGAUAGAUGGAAGAAACCCAGCAUAGUGAUAUCGGGACCCGUCGACGAUGAUUUCCCCUCAACAUUUGCCCCUCUCGCUGAAACGCUCAACAUGAAGAUAGUCGGGCCAAAGAUCGGAUCUGCGUCAGCACUCAAGCUCUCCUUUGCGUCACUGACGAAGGGACUGACUGCCCUGACCCUGCUGUCCUUUGCAACGGCGCAGUCGGAGGCGGUGCUGCCAGAGCUACUGGAACAUCUGAACGAGUACGCACCCACGACGGCGGCGCUGACAACCGGUGGAGCGGUGAGUAUGGCGCCCAAGGCAUACCGUUGGGUGGAAGAGAUGCGUGCGAUUGGCGAGGCCUUCGACACAGAGGGCCACUGGGAUGGGCUGGGGAGCAGGGUUUAUGGAGCCUUUGCUGAGGUGUAUAGGAAGGUGGCCGAGGACACGGUGCUGGGGGAGGAGAAAAUAGGCAGGCGGCAGCGCGGGCAGUCCGCGGAAGACGUGGCCGAGAUUUUGGCCCAGGCUAACCGCGGCAAACCGAGCACGCAGUAG